AUGGAUCGCGCGCGCAGACUCGACUCUCAGGCGAGCUGCGCGAGCUCAACCAGAGGGCCUGGAAUGGAGAGAAGGGUAAGCAGCUUCGACAACAAGCCUCGCUCCCCUCUGUUGAUGCUGACUCUCGUGACAGAUCUCUUUCCCGUGGGCAAGUCCCUGGACUCGACCAUGAAGAAGAAUACCGCCUUCAUCAAACGUCUCCGUACCGCAAUUAGCCCCGCGACCAUGAACACCUUUCUCCAGGAGAUCAAGACUGUCAGCCUCUCCAAGUAUCUCUCCGAAAUCGUCUCCGCCUGCCACGAAGGCCUUUGCAAACUCAAAUCCCCCGGCGAGAUCGAAGCCGGCGUCGAAAUUGUCAGCGCCCUCCAUCAGCGCUUCGGUCCCGACGAGUUCACCAUGUAUCUGGGCUGGUAUCUCGGCAAGGCUAUGGCUACACCGGACAAGAGCUUCCUCAAAACCCUCUCGGCCGAAGCCAAAGAAAAGGAGGAACGCGACCGUCUGACCCGUCAGCGUGUCCUCCUGCGCGUCGUGACCGAGCUUUGGCUUGUAGGCAUUCUCAAAACCCUCGACGACAUCAAGCGGCCUGACGACGCUGCAAACGGAACCACGGGCAAGACCACUGAGGUCAAGUCCCGAGCAGCUGCCAAGGGAGGUGCUGCCGAACCGUUCCCUCUAGAAGUUCUGAAGGAUCUCCUGGGCCACGACCGUGAACAUGCAAAUUUGCCUCUGCUGGUGAUUUUCGUCAAGGCUUUUAGCUGGGAUGUUUUGGGAGUCAAGUCUGAUAGUCGAAAAACAGUCGGGGAAGAUGGCACCACCAAAGAGGACGAGACAAACGAAGAGCAGGAUGGCACGACGGAGGAAGAUGCUCCCUUCACUUCUCCCGAGCUCCAAGAGCGCUUUAGAAACGUCCUCAGGCGAUAUUUUGAGGAUGUCAAGGGCCAUCUUGUUCGGGAUCAAAAGGCCAUUUUCAGCCAGUCUCGCAAGAACGCCGAGGCCUACGUGAAAUCGGGUGAAGUCUUUGAGGACCGUCAGGCGAACUUUGAGAAGCAGGUGAAGGCCCAGGAGCGCCUUGUGGCCAACGCCCAUGUGAUCGCCGAAAUCAUUGGGGCUGAGAUGCCCGAGUUGAAGGAUAGCGAUGACGCCAACGCAAACGCGAACGGCUCGAUCGGCAUAGUAAAGGCGGGAGAGUACCUCCGUGGACAAGGCGAUGGCUCCGGUAUCUGGGAGGACGAGGAGGAACGUCGCUUUUACGAAAACCUGGUUGAUCUCAAGGGCAAGGUUCCCGGCAUGCUUCUCGAAGAGGUCAAGAAAAAGAAGGCCGAGGACGAGCAAGUCGGUAAGAAGAUCGAUCCGGCCGAGGUUGAGGCGAAGCAGGCGGAGGCUGCAGUUGAUGAGCAGUCCAUGGCCAUUGCGAACAAGACCAUUGGUGCUCAGGUUGAUGCUCUUCUUGCUCGGCUUCCGGAUCUCACCAGCAAGGAUGCCAUUGACCAAACCGCCAUCGACUUUUGCUUUCUCAACUCCAAGGCUUCUCGGAACAGGCUUAUCAAGGCCCUCACAGAUGUGCCCAAAGGGCGGGGCGAUCUCCUUCCCAGCUGGUCUAGGCUUGUCGCUACCCUUGGCCAAUACAUGCCAGACAUUCCCAAAGGUCUUGUGGACUAUCUUGAUGCCGAGUUCCGCAGCCUCCAACGCCGCAAAGAGAAGGAGUUCUUGGGCCAGGUCAGACUUGGCAAUAUCCGCUAUCUUGCCGAACUGACCAAGUUUGGGAUUGUCCCUGAACACGUCGUUUUCCAUUGCCUCAAGGUCAGUCUGGACGAUUUCUCUCGAAUGAACAUCGAGAUCAUCUGCAACCUCUUGGAGAACUGCGGCCGAUACCUGCUCCGCAACCCAGAGACGUCGCCUCGCAUGGCCUCCUUCCUGGAGACUCUCCAGCGCAAGAAAUCUGUUCAGCAUAUUGGACAAGCCGAGCGCAUGCUUGUCGAGAACGCCGUGUACUAUGUCGAUCCUCCUCAACGGCCGGCCAUCCAGCAGAAGGAGAGAACCCCCAUCGAGCUCUUUGUCCGGAAGCUGGUCUACACGGAUCUGACCAAGCGCAACUACAGCAAGGUUGUCCGGCAGAUCCGCAGGCUUCAUUGGGAAGAAAAGGAGGUUGUGACAAUCCUUCACAAGGUUCUUUCCAAGCCCGGAAAGGUCAAGUACAGCAACAUCCAUCUUCUCGUCGUCAUUCUGAGCGCCAUUCACCGCUAUCACAACGAGUUCGUGAUCAGCGUUAUUGACACCGUCAUCGAAUCUGUUGUGUUUGGGCUUGAGCAGAACAACUUUGAAUUCAACCAGCGCAGAAUUGCCGAAGUCAAAUACCUGGCAGAGAUGUACAACUACAGGAUGCUCGACCAUCCUGUAAUCUUUGAGAUCAUGUACAAGAUCAUGACCUUUGGGCAUGGAGGACCGCCCAUCCCCGGCCGUCUCGUAUCCUUUGACAUGCCAGACGACUUCUUCCGGAUCCGCCUGAUUGCGACAAUCCUGGAGACCUGCGGUGUGUUCUUCAACAAAGGUGCAGCUGGCAAGAAGCUGGAUUAUUUCCUCUCCUUCUUCCAGUACUACAUCUACACCAAGGACCCCCUGCCGAUGGACAUUGAGUUUUUGGUACAUGACAUCUUCUCGCUCACUCGCCCUCAGUGGAAGCUUGCUUCGAACUUGGAGGAAGCCUCGGAAGUCUUCCGGCUGGCCGUCAUUCAAGAUCACAAAACCUCAGGCAUGGACAAGAUUGCCGAGCAGGACGACAGAACUAGUGCUAUGUCGAGCGACGAUGAGGAUGGCAAUGAUCUUCAGGCCGGAGAGCAAGACGAUGAUGACGACGAGGACGCGGCUUCCGAUGAAGGCGAGGUCGAGGAAUCUGAGCAUCACGGCUCCUAUGCCAACAGCGAAUAUGGAGAAGAGGAGGAGAUUGUGGUCACCAGAGAAGAGGAGGAAGUCGACCCUGAAUACGAAGAAGAGUUUGAGCGGGAGUAUGCCAAGAUGAUGGCUGAGAGCUUCGGGGAUGCGCGCAAGUUCGAGCGCAAACCUCAGUUCGAUAUUCCCCUCCCCGUCCGCCCGAAAGCCCGUGAGGCUACAGGAGGCGAGCCCGCCGAGGCGGCCACGACCAACCCAGGCGGCACUAUGGCCUUCUCUUUGCUCACGAAGAAAGGAAACCGUCAACAGACACGGACUGUUGAACUGCCUUCUGAUUCCAACUUUGCCGUGGCUCUGAUCAACCAACGCCAGGCAGCCAAGGAGGAACAGCAGCGCAUCAAGAACCUUGUCCUCAACUACGAUCUCCGCGAGAAUGAGGAAAACGACGGUACUACCACCCUCCGGGACCCCCUUCAACUAUACAGCAAUAUUCACAACCGUGCAGGCAACGAGAAAACCAAUUCGUAUCACCACCACAACCGCAUCGACAACAGAGCCGCCAAGGAGCGCGGUGGACAGCGCGUCCGCAAGCUCCAACUCAGCGACGUCGACUGGUAUGAACACCCCGGAAGAAGAAACCCCCUCUCCAAGUCUGCUCGAAACCCCGCGAGUGUCAUUCAAGCUGCAUGCGCUUCUUCGGAAGGUGGCGACCCUGCUUCUGCUGCGGACGACCGAUUCUCUGGACAGGCCGGAACAAACCGCACUUUUGGCGCUCGCCGUGUGCGUUCUACUCCGGGUGGACAGCAGCAAGGAGGUCGCAUUCGCAGGGGGCACUAG